UGUAGUUCACCUCCCGCCCCGCACCGCCGACAACUUCCACAAAGUCAGCGAAACUCCAGACCCGCAGGGUUUUCACCCCGCACCUCCGCUCUCUCCCGGAACACUUAAUUUAUAUCUUUAAACUUCUGCCUGAUUCUACUGGUGUGAGAAACUCUUGACCCGCGUCGAGAUGUCUGUUCCGGUGGGCCAGACGACGACAACCAGGACCAUGUACCGGACCGUGAACGUCGCGUCGGAACCGACGACCGCCACGGUGAUCCAGGGCGGCCAGCUGUCCCCACUCCCCUACAGCAUGAACGGUUCGUAUGACACGGUGCGGUACCUGGUGCCGGUGCAACAGGCGGCCAUGCAGCAGCAGUCUGUCCUGGUGAUGCCGCAGAUGGUUCAGCAGAUGGUCCCGCAGAUGGUCCCUCAGAUGGUCUCUCCGGUCUACCUGCAGAGUUUACCCCGCUACAGCGUCAGCAGCCAGGAGGAGUCCGACGCCAUGUACCGGCAGUACAGCCUGUCCGAGAGCUUCAACGGGAAAUCUUCCUCUGUGUUCAGCCAGUCGUCCAGCCCCAUCAAGAGCCCAGAGCCAAGUGUGGAGGAGGUGGAAGAGCAGGAGGAGGAGGAAGAGGAGGUGGUGGAGGUGGAGGAGGUGGAGAUCGUCAACGUAAUCGAGCAGAAGCCGCCGCCGCCGCUGCCUGCAGUGAUCGAGAAGGUCGUCAAGACAGAGGUGAGAAGCGAGGUGAAGGAAGUGCCUCAGCCGACGAAGAUGGACACGCGCUUCUUCGGCGAGCUGCUGGCCGAGGUCUACAGGAAGAACUGCGACAUCCACUCCUGCAUCUCCGAGCAUGUGGCCAAGAUCCGCGGACGGAAACACCAGUUGGAUCCCAGCAACGACUACAAGAUGGAGAAAGAAGAGGUGGAGAGACUGAUCCCCAGAGGAGCAACUGAACUGACCAAACAACAGAUUCGCUACCUGCUCCAGACUCGUCUCACUGCGGAUAAGAGCAUGCGUCUCCUGCUGUCCACCUUCAGCAGCCUCAGAGAGGAGCUCAUCAACAUGUCAGAUGACCUCAGGCGUAUAGAGAGUGAGAAGGAGGUCUUGGAGAGAGAUCUGAGUUUUAAGACAGACCAGGCUCUGCAGUAUGAUCGCCUCCUGGAGGGUGUCAGAGAGAACAACAGACAGCUGCAGCUGUCCCUGAAAGAGAGCAGUGCCAACCAGCGCACCCUGGAGAGCCAGCUGAUGAGUGUCCGCAGCACCGACUCGAGUCGGGAGUUCAAGCUGAAGGAGCUGGAGGGGCGGCUGCGAGCGCUGGAGAAGGAGAAUGACAUGCUCAGGCAGAAGUUGGCAGGUCAGGCCAGCAGCUCCACCCUGCAGGUCAAGACAGAGGAGUUGUCCCGUCAGUACAACGAGCAGCUCAACUCCAUGCGAGAGGAAAAAGACAGGGAGCUGCAGAGCCUUCGGUCCCAGCUGACGAAGAUCCAGACGACGGUCACCACUGAAAGAUCGUCCACAGAGAAAAGUCUCCAGCUGAAGAUUUCAGAGCUGCUGGCCUCGCUGGAGCAGCGGCAGAGCAUCAUCAAGCGACAGGAGGAGGAGAUCAAGAAGCUGCUGCAGGAGAAGACUGACAGCUCCAAGAACGUCACCAAGACCAUCAUCACCAAGAGGUACAGGAACCAGUAUCCCAUCCUUGGUCUGCUGGGUGACGACUACCAGGCGACCUCGCCCAUCAAGGAGGCCAAGACCAUCGUCAUCGAAAGAACAGGAGAGAUUAUCAAACAGGAAAUCAUUACAACUCCUUAAAGACACACUGCUUCUCUCCGACAGGAAUGAAUGAACGACAAGAAGACGCAGACGUCACCCACCCUCCCUCCUCCCCUCUCCCUCUCCCCACCCUGCAUGCACCCCCUCCCCCGUCGCACCCAUCCCCUCCUCAGGGCUCCUAGGGUUGGUGGUGGUUCAAUUCCCUUUCCCCCCUAAAUUUGGGAUCAUUGGCUCAAAUCCUUUGUUUGACCAAAUUGGGUUUGUUUGGGCUGAUCAUUUUGUUUGGGCUUUUUGUAAAUGCACUGAAUAAACUGAUAAUCAAACAACAAUCUUAUUUUCAGCUGAUGCUGCUGACAAAGGGAAGGUGAAAAGGACUAGGUGGCAGGAAAGGAGCAUCCAUGACAGCUGGAAACUGGCAUCUGACACAAAAUAUCUGAAUCCCUUUGGUCUUUUCCUGUUCUCAGUUUUUGUCCCUGUUGGCCACCGUACCAUGAACCAACCAUAUCAAACCAAAAACAAUGGCUCCAUGUCAGUCAGGUUCCUGAUUGGCUACUUGUCACAGCAUCUCUGUAUAUAGCAGUGGCAAAGAUGGCAGAUAAAAACAAAGAUGUGGCCUGUAAUCUGGUGCAGAGGUCUGGCCAGGCAGGGCCCGCAGAGCAGACAGGUACGGCAAGCCAGAGGGUUCAGAUUGUGCAGUUUUGUUGUUUGUGCUUAUUGGCAUCAAGAGAAAAAUGUGAGAAACUUGUCAUGCUAGUGGAGAUAUUUUCUGUUAACAUUAUGAAGACAUCACAAGCUAGAUGUUAUGUCUAUAUACUGAAAAAAAAAAAACAAUGUUGUGCUGAAUAGUCAUUUGAGAGUGGCUUUACUGUUAAAAUGCAUUUUUAAAAAAUGAGAAAAUAUUUGAGAAUAAAUUGCUCUAUGAAAUGUAUUACACAGAGUAAUUUAAGAGGAGGUAAAUCAGAUCAGACAGUCACAUCAGGUAGAUGGUUCCAGGCUCUCACAGUGAAAAUCACUGUCUUUGUUUUUAUCCAUUCUAUCUGUGUUUCUCCACUCCCUGGAUUAUUAUCAUGACUUGAAUCUUUAUGUUGUCCCCAUGUGGUGACACAUAGUGGGUGUGGGGCCACCAAAACAUCACAAUGACCAUGACCAAAGCAAAAAAAAGUCUGUAUAUAUAGAUGAGUGAGCAGGUUUAACAGUAGAUUAUUUAUUUGAAUGUUUCUCACAGCAUUUGGUGGUAUCCACCUCUGAAAAACACAAUUUAGCUAUUUUUGCGAGAUGUUUCAGUGUAUUAUCCCAGGUAAGCCAAGGAGUACAUUGUGGAACCCAGUGCCAGCUUCCAGUUGUCAUGAGUGCACUUUUUAAUACGCUCCAGCAUGUAAGGUCAUAUUGUUAACAGAGCCACCAGCCGUGCCAGCCUUGGGGACGAGGAAGUGCAGGUGUUGUUGCGAUUACUGCUCCGCAUGUACAUUUUUGUUUGUUUGUUUGUUUGUUUGUUUUUCGAAAGUUGGGCAUGCUCAGUGAAUGUUUUCUCAGAUGAGACUGUUGAGCAGCCCUAUUUAAUAUGGUGUGAUGGAUUUUUUUUUUUUUU